AUGCUCCGGGGGUGGGACUUGGCUGGGUUUGCCCAGGAUACCGGAGAUCCUGGUGCACGGCCCCGGGACCGGGCGGAGGCGGCUGCACAACCGGGAACCAAGGUGGGGGGAACGGGACACCCCGAGGAGCUGGGGAAAGCUCAGGUGAUGGAGCCAGAAGCACCGGAUGCCGGAAUCUUCCCGGAUAACGUCUUCCCUGAUCCCCCCUUCUCCAGCUCGGAGCUGGCCUUCGAGGGCUGGAUGCUCCCCGAGGAUGGUGGGAGCAAAGCUGAGGAGCUGCUGCAGCCGACAGUGAACCCCGACGCCGUCUGCAGCCUGAGCAGCUGCCUCACCUCCCUGGGCAGCUGCAGCUCCCAGGAUGCCAACCCGGAGCCCCCCCAGCCUGCCGAGCCCCCCACUGCCACCCUCUACGAGGUGGUCUGUGACCUCAGCACCCCCCAGCAUGGCAGCAUCAUCUCCAUCCAGCUGGAUGACUGGCUGUACCCCACGCUGCUCCCCGGCUCGUGCAUCAACAACCUGCCUGCUGUGUCCCUGCCCACUCCCCUGCCCGCACCCAGCGCCGCGCUGUGCCUGACAGAGGAGGAGAAGCAGCUGCUGGCGCAGGAGGGGGUGACGCUGCCCAGCACCCUGCCCCUCACCCAGGCUGAGGAGCGGAUCCUGAAGAAGGUGAGGAGAAAGAUCCGGAACAAGCAGUCGGCCCAGGACAGCCGGCGGAGGAAGAAGGAGUACCUGGAUGGGCUGGAGAGCAGGGCGGCCGCGUGCUCAGCCCAGAACCAGGAGCUGCGGAAGAAAGUCCAGGAGCUGGAGAAGCACAACGGGUCCCUGCUGCAGCAGCUACAGGCGCUGAUCAAGCAAACAUCCAACAAGGCUGCCCAGACCAGCACCUGCAUCCUGAUCCUGCUCCUCUCCCUGGGACUCAUCCUCUUCCCCAGCUACAGCCCCUUCUGCCGGGGCCCAGGGGGCAACCAAGACGGUGACAGGCCCACCGGAGGGUUGGCGCUGAGCCCAUAG